GGUUUUUAGGGAGGUUUAAGCUGUUGCCUUUUGGCUCUUUCUGGGCUAAGAUCAUCAACCUUCUUAAACUGAAUUCAUCCUGCUUUCCUUGGGCUCUGUCAUCUGUGUUGUGGGUUUGUGGCUGCUGAGACAGGAUGGCAUUUUUACUGGGAUCCUUGAAAUGACUAUAAUAGAACAGUGCCUCCCAGUCAGUUCCUACGAGAGGCAGGACUGAGGAUCACUUCCUUUCAAGAAUCUUCGAGGUCUGAGUUCUGGUUGAAAGAUGACAGCUCUCGGUGCGUUAUUCAAGUUCAUUGAUGAAAAUCAGGAUCGCUACAUUAAGAAACUUUCCAAAUGGGUGGCCAUCCAGAGCGUAUCCGCGUGGCCCGAGAAGAGGGGCGAGAUCCGGAAGAUGAUGGAGGUCGCCGCCACAGACGUCAAACAGCUGGGUGGCUCAGUGGAGCUGGUAGACAUCGGGAAGCAGAAGCUCCCCGAUGGCUCAGAGAUUCCACUUCCUCCCAUCCUGCUCGGCUCGCUAGGUUCCGACCCACAGAAGAAGACAGUGUGCAUUUACGGGCACCUGGACGUGCAGCCCGCAGCCCUGGAGGACGGCUGGGACAGCGAGCCCUUCACGCUGGUGGAGCGAGACGGCAAGCUGUAUGGGAGAGGCGCGACUGACGACAAGGGGCCAGUGGCCGGCUGGAUUAACGCCCUGGAAGCUUUUCAGAAAACCAACCAGGAGAUCCCUGUCAAUGUCCGCUUCUGCCUCGAGGGCAUGGAGGAAUCUGGCUCUGAAGGCCUGGACGACCUGAUUUUUGACCAGAAAGACAAAUUCUUUAAAGACGUGGACUAUGUCUGCAUUUCUGACAAUUACUGGCUGGGAAAGAAGAAGCCCUGCAUCACAUACGGUCUCAGGGGCAUUUGCUACUUUUUCAUUGAGGUGGAAUGCAGCGACAAAGACCUCCACUCCGGGGUGUACGGGGGCUCAGUGCACGAGGCCAUGACCGAUCUCAUUUUGCUGAUGGGCUCCCUGGUUGACAAGAAGGGGACCAUCUUGAUCCCUGGCAUCAACGAGGCUGUGGCCGCCAUGACUGAGGAGGAACACAAGCUCUACGAUGACAUCGACUUCGAUGUGGAGGAGUUUGCCAAGGACGUGGGGGCACAGACACUCCUGCACAGCUGCAAGAAAGAUAUCCUCAUGCACCGAUGGAGGUACCCAUCCCUCUCCCUCCACGGCAUCGAGGGCGCCUUCUCUGGAUCAGGGGCCAAGACCGUGAUUCCUAGGAAGGUGGUUGGCAAGUUCUCCAUCAGGCUCGUGCCAGAUAUGACCCCAGAAGUCGUCAGUGAGCAGGUUACAAGCUACCUGACUAAGAAGUUUGCUGAACUACACAGCCCCAACAAGUUCAAGGUGUACAUGGGCCAUGGUGGGAAGCCCUGGGUAUCUGACUUCAACCAUCCUCAUUACAUGGCUGGAAGGAGAGCCCUGAAAACAGUUUUUGGUGUUGAACCAGACUUGACCAGGGAAGGCGGCAGUAUUCCUGUGACCCUGACCUUUCAGGAGGCCACAGGCAAGAAUGUCAUGCUCUUGCCUGUGGGGUCAGCAGACGACGGCGCUCACUCUCAGAAUGAAAAGCUUAACAGACAUAACUACAUAGAAGGAACCAAGAUGUUGGCUGCGUACCUGUGUGAGGUGUCUCAGCUGAAAGACUGAGGCCGGCUUCCACGUGCACCUCCCACCAGAAAGAAUCCUGCCCUCGCCCUGUGUCCUGGCCCUCUUCCAACUUGCUCAGGAAAGCAGUAGCUCCUCCUCCCCACUCCCCUCUCCCAGUUUCUCUUGCCAGGUCAUACACAGACUUCCAAGAGCCGAUGCAAGUGUGUCCAGCUAUCUCCUGGGUGGAGUUCCCUGUACCAGGCUUAUCAGUGACCCUGAGUGACAGCUGGACACCCUGGGUGGGUCCUCAGAGAGGUCAGUAUGACUUGGCCUCUGGGAAAAAAGCCAAGGUCCAAAAGCACAAGUUCUCCUGUGGAAAGUUCUGGUUGUCAUCAUAUUGGGAGAGAGGACUUGAUGCUUUCCACCUCCCGUCUCUGCCUCUGUCCUGAGUGACACACACCUGAGAUGUUGGGAAAGGAAAUGAGGGGAGGAAUGAGGGACCCUUUUUGACCCCUCACUAUCUGUGGGUCCUGUCCUUUUCUUGAAACCUUGACUGUUACUGGCACAUCCCGUCUUCUCUUUAUCAUGAGCCCUCAAAACCUAACUCAACUGGAAGGGUUGUUUUGUUUCCAUCUGUGCUGCAAAAUAAAAAGUCAAAAUGAAGCCUCCAAAA